AAGCCGGGCUUGUCCGGGCAAGCAGCUUCCGCAGCCGGCGAGGGUUCCACGUGAAGGCUGGGAAAGUGCAGCCGGGUCUUCAGCACACUGCCCCGUUGGCAGACAGUCUCCAGAGCUUCUCUUAUCCCUACCUGUGAGCUGGCUGAGAUGGUGCCAGGGGAAGUCCCCGAGUCUACUCAGUGUCCAUCUCUCACCAGCCUGAAUACCAAGGAUGUUGUUCGGAGAAGACACAAGAGGAGAAGCCGGCAGCACCAGCGAUUCAUGGCCCGAAAGGCCUUGCUUCAGGAGCAAGAGCUGUUGAGCACGACACCAGGGCCAGGACUCUGCCUUCUGUCCUCACCAUCACAGAUGCCAGCAGUCACAAAGGCUUCAGGCAACAGGAGACAACGUCCCAAGGCCAGGUCUGGCAGCAAUGGCCUGUGCAGCAAAAAGCCUGUCCCCAGAGAAGCCCCAAGGCCUGGUCCCUUCAAGUGUGUGGCCAUGGACUGUGAAAUGGUGGGUACAGGCCCCCAAGGGCGGGUGAGUGAGCUAGCCCGCUGCUCUGUGGUGAGCUACAGUGGUGAUGUUCUCUAUGACAAAUACAUCCGGCCUGAAAUGCCCAUUGUGGACUAUCGCACCCGCUGGAGUGGCAUCACCCGCCAGCACAUGCACAAGGCUAUCCCCUUUCAGGUGGCCCAGAAGGAGAUCCUUAAGCUGUUGAAGGGCAAGGUGGUGGUGGGGCAUGCACUGCACAAUGACUUCCAGGCCCUGAAGUACGUCCACCCUCGGAGCCAGACCCGGGAUACCACUUAUGUCCCAAACCUGCUCAGCCAGCCCAGCUCCCUUAUCAGAACUCGGGUCUCUCUUAAGGACCUGGCCUUGAACCUGCUGCACAAGAAGAUCCAGGUCGGUCACCAUGGCCACUCAUCUGUUGAAGACGCCAUGACAGCCAUGGAGCUGUACCAGCUGGUGGAGGUGCAGUGGGAGCAGCAAAUGGCCAGGUCCGACCAGGCCCCUCCUGAGGACAGGGGGCCUGACAGCAGCACUGACGUGGAGCAGUACAUGGACGACCAGUACUGGCCCGAGGACCUGACCCAGAGCACGGGAGGGGAGACAAGUGGGGGUCAAGAUAGACAGGGGGGAGAGGAAGGGCGGGGAGCCAGGAGUGCUCCGCCCUAGUCACACGGGGUAGGCUCAGGUCGGAGUUCUACAGCAGUGUUUCUCAAAACCUGAGGUUCAGGACUCCUUUAUGGGUUUAACUCUUUCACAGGGGUCGCCUAAGACCAUCAGAAGACACAGCUGUGUGCAUUACGAUUCAUAACUAGCAAAAUUAGAGUUAUGAAGUAGCAACAGAAAUAACUUUAUUUUGGGGGGGUCUCCACAGCAUGAGGAACUGUAAUAAAGGGUCACAGCAUUAGGAAGGUGGAAAGCCACCGGUCUGGGAUAACUUAAGGGCAUUGGUAGGCAAAGGCUCAGGUUACACCAUCCUCCGACAGAGUCUCCUGACACUUAGCAUGGAGACAGGCCUGUGGCUUCCCCAUUGAGCCUGUUUCCCCAUUGUAAAGUGGGAAGAGUGGUAGAGCCUACCUCAUGGGUGUCUUAGCACUUUGAGCGUGUCCUAGUGAUAAACAGGAUGGGCUCUAUUCAGGCCUGAGCAGCUCUUGCUCAGGCAGGACUCUUGGCUUUUCCAUCAGAUGAGGUGGGGGCCAGGGCAAGGGUACUGCAGGGGACUUCAGAAGUCUCUGCAGGUCUUGCUGCCAGCUUCUAUCUCCACAUCAGCCCCCUGACACUGCAUUUGGAAAAGUGACAACAGUAAUCCAGAUGGUCAGAAGUGAAGGGAUGCUACUGAGACCACACUCCCACUGUCCACUGAUGACACAAAGUGGUAGUCACGGAUUGUUUCAUUGCUGGCUCCUCCCAGCCAGGGAAAGAGGGAGCUGGCCUGGCACCAGGGGUGAGCUCUUGUUUCCUUAAAAAGCAGCCACUUGUGCCAGCCUUGACACUAGGCAGUAGCAUUUGUGGGUUGAAGGUGGGAGAACUGUAAGCUGGGAAAAGCGUACUGAGAGAAUUCAGCUUUCUCGUAGUACCAGACCAUUCGCAUAGGAAUAAAGUGCAGGGACUGGUGAGAUGGCUCAAUGGGUAGAGCACCCGACUGCUCUUCCAAAGGUCCGGAGUUCAAAUC